CAGCAGCAGCAGCAGUACCACCUCAGAAGCCCAUCCCCUAGCGUCCGUCCAGGGUAUGUACCCUGUAUGCGCAUGGGCGGAGAGACUGCCGCUGUGCGCUGAUAUUAUUGUAAGAGUAAUUUCUUUUUUACGAAAAUGGCGUCUAGUCAGGGAGGUGUGGGAGCUGUAACGGCUCUACAAAGCCAUCACUACUCUAGCGGACCUCACUGGAGCCCGGGUAUCAGCCAGUACCAGCACCAGCAGCAGCACCACACGGCCCGCAGCCUGGACCGGGCUCUGGAGGAUGCCGUGUGCUCGGGGCUACUGAACCUGAGCGGUAGGAAGCUGAGGGAGUACCCGGGGAUGAGCUACGAUCUGACCGAUACAACACAAGCAGAUUUGUCCAAGAAUCGCCUCACAGAAAUCCCACCAGAAGUGUGUCUGUUCGCCCCCCUCGAGUCGCUCAACCUCUACCACAACUGCAUCAAGUGCGUCCCAGAAGCCAUUAUCAAUCUGCAGAUGCUGACUUAUCUUGACAUCAGCCGAAAUCUUCUAUCAGUUUUGCCAAAAUACUUGUUCAGCCUCCCCCUCAAAGUUCUGCUUGUGAGCAACAACAAGCUUGUGUCCAUCCCCGAGGAAAUCGGCAAGGCCAAAGAGUUGAUGGAACUGGAUGUGAGCUGUAAUGAGAUCCAGGUGCUACCAGCUCAGGUGGGGAGGCUCCAAGCCUUACGAGAACUCAACAUCAGGAAGAACUGUCUUCACAUGCUGCCUGAGGAGUUGGCUGACCUGCCUCUCAUUCGACUUGAUUUUUCCUGCAAUAAGAUCACAGAGAUUCCUGCAGCCUACAGGAAGCUCAGGCAGCUGCAGCACAUCAUUCUAGACAACAAUCCUAUGCAGUCUCCACCCGCACAGAUUUGUCUGAAGGGCAAAGUGCACAUAUUCAAGUACCUGAACAUCCAGGCGUGUAGGAUGGACAAGAAGCCAGACACCCUGGACCUCCCCUCCCUCGGGAAACGUUGCCUCCCACAGCCACUUACAGAUAGCAUGGAAGAUUUUUAUCCCAGUAAGAACCACGGCCCUGACUCUGGAAUUGGUAGUGACAAUGGUGACAAGAGGCUGUCUACAACUGAGCCUUCAGAUGAUGACACUGUCAGCCUGCACUCACAGGUUUCAGAGACAGCCCGUGCGGAUGCCCUUUCGCUCCUCUCAAAAAUGGAUUCUUGCAAAGAUCAGGAUCUCUAUGACUUUAUAGAGCCAAACCCGGAUGAGGAUCCUGCUCUGUCAGAGUCUGAUGGGCAGCAGAGCAGUCAUGUGUCUUGUAUAAAGGAACUGGAGAAAGUUCUUAACAUGUCUCACCAAAGCAAAGAUAAAGACAGCUGGAAAGAGGAGUCUGGUUCUGAUAAGGAGCAGCUAGUUGAGGAAGAGGAUGAUGAGCUGAAGGAGGUGCUGGAUCUGAGGAAGAUUGCCGUUCAGCUUCUGCAGCAGGAGCAGCAGAAUAGACGACGUUCCUUAAUUUGCAGAGCAGAGAGUCUUAUUCACCGACGAAGAGUGACUGGCCGGGCGCACAGAUUCCUAAGUCACUCUGGCAGCUCCAGCAGCAAACCGAGGCCCCCGGCUCAGACCGCUCGUAGUGCUUCUCUGGAUGAAGGAAGUAGUGGAGCAUCAGUGCUGAGUGGACAGCCUUCUUCGUCCUGCUCCUUUGAUGGCAGCCUGAAGAUGGAUCAGUCGGAUUCAGAGCCAAAGUGGCCCGAAGUUCCACCCGUCCUCAAUCAGAAUGAAGAUCGCAGGAGGAACAAGUACCUGAGAAAAGAUUAUCUGAAGUACAAGUGUCAGAGUGCUCGUAAAAACUCCAGUGGGAAUGACGACAAUGAGGAUGGCUUGCGCAACGCUGACUUCAGCACCACCCUGACUGUGUUUGGGUUAAAGCCAAGAUCAGCCUUCACCAGAGGAAGCCGCCAGGAGUACGCCUCGACAGACCCCAGUUUCACCAUGAGGAGGAAGAUGGAGCACUUGAGAGAGGAAAUGGAACAGAUAGGACUCUUACGGCAGAACAUUGAGUCCAGACUGAAGGUGUUGCUCCCAGAUGAUGUUGGAGCUGCUCUGAUGGAUGGAGUUGUUCUUUGCCAUUUAGCCAAUCACAUUUGUCCUCGGUCUGUUGCAAGCAUCCAUGUACCAUCUCCUGCAGUGCCAAAGCUGAGCAUGGCUAAAUGCCGUAGGAAUGUGGAGAACUUCUUGGAUGCCUGUAAGAAGCUGGGUGUCACACAGGACAAGCUGUGUCUGCCCCAUCACAUCCUAGAAGAGCGCGGUCUGGUGAAGGUGGGUGUGACUGUCCAGGCUCUGCUGGAUCUGCCUCCAUUGAAGCCCACACAACUCUCAGCUGUUUGACACAAGCCUGAAUGUUGCGUCCAACCUGCAGUCAUCCAGCCAACCCCUCUCCCCAGCCCAAACCCGCACCCAAUUACCAGGGACCAGAGAGCCCCUUUGGGCGAGGACCCAGUGGGCAGUGGUUCUUUGGGAGUCUGCUUCUGCCUGACUGAAACAGGAGACAGGAGGAAGAAAUACCUCUGUCUCUUUAUAUGAUGUCAGACAUCACCCACUUCUUGUCCAUCACAUUUUCACUUGUAUCCUGCUCCUAGUUAAUGGGGUCAUCCUGUAUGUGUGUGGACUAGCAACGUGACUGUGUGUUUCCUGUGUGAGCUGCACAGUUUGAGACACACGGACACAGACAAGACAAUGGAUGAUCUGUACAUCCCUCUCAACAUAAGCUCAGUGAUUAGUGAGCCUGCAAGUGCCAGUUCUGACAUAUCCAUGCUGGUGUUGGAGACAUUGGCAGUGAGGAGAUGACAGACAUGUUACUCACUCUUUCACUAACAAGACCUAAGCUGCACACUGGCCUUGCAGCCACAAACCACUGACUGACUUCAAGGAGUUCUUACACUCUUGAGUUUCUUUCCCUUUUGUGGAAUUUAUUUUUCCAUGAAAAUUAAUUUUUGACUUUGUUGUAUAAUGUUCUCUUUUUUUACAUGGUGUGCAUCAGGUCCCUACUGUAUAUUCUUUUCAGCAGCCAAACCUGAUUCAUAAGUAGUUGACUUAUUUGCAAGUAAGUAUUGCAUUUGAGCAAUCACAGUAGACAUUCUGCCUUCUGUUUUCCCUGAAACUCUGGUUUCACAUUUAAAUUACUGUACAAAUCAUGUGCAACUCCGUACCGAAGUUCUCAAUUCAAACCUGCAUGCACAGAGGGAAGUGACAUUUGACCACUGUGAGAACACGUGCUUGGCUGUGGUCAAAAGCACGGGGGUCCUGUUUUGUAGCAUUUUUUCAUUGCACAUGCAAGGUUUCUGUAUUUGCUAAAUAUUCUGUAUUCUAACUUUUCUAAAGCUUUUAUACUUUAUUCCCAGUCAUUGCCAACUAUCACUUGCCAUUUCUGUGGAGUUCAUAACAUGGGUGUGCCAUGUUGGACACAAAACAGUCAGGAUUUUAUUGCUUUGCAUAAUCUCAGAUGAAACAUGUUUAUACUGUGUGUGUUUAUGAGUGGAGGCUCCUGAGUGAAAGGCUUCUGGAUCAGAAAGGGGUUCAGUGCUGCUUAGAGGCUAUCACUAAUGCAAACCUUUCACACAUGGCCUGAUCUUAAUGUCAGGCCACCCUGCUGUUUGUGGUUUCAGAUACAGUUCAUUAUUUCAGGGAAAUUAAAUUAUUUCUGUAUUUAUUCCUUUGUUUUAUAUUUGUAUGUUGUUGUUUUGUGCAUCUUAACCCUGACAAGAUGUUCAGGUGCGGUGCAGCUGGACAUUUAGAUGUGUUUUCUGUAUGAUCCUGCUCAACUUAAUGAUUUAAAGCAGUAAGAUGUUUUAUUUAAGAGGAUUUACUGACAGCUGUCACACCAAUUGAUGUAGUAUUUUUAAUUGGUUGACAGUAGUAUAACAUGGGAAUAAUUCAAAGUGAAAGCAACACAAAACAUACCACAUCUGUCAGUAGAAAUGUUAACAUUGUUGACAGCAUAAUAGGGGCUUGACGAAACACACAAGUGUGUUCACUAAGGCUGACUUUAGGGGUAUUUAAAACUGUACAAUGUGGCAGUACAAUCAAUUUCAACAUAAAGCUGCACCCUGUUAUCUUUAACCUUCUAUUAAAUCUGCACUAUUAUUAGUACUUUAUUUAUGGGCUAUUAUUUAUAAUUAUACCGGUCUUCUUGUUAGGUAUUUGGCAUUUUAGUCUUGAUUUUCUGGAUAGCACAGGCAGCUGUGGUGCACCUUUCGUUUUUAAAAUUAGCGGAAAUUUAUGUUAACCACAUUAUGGGUCCAUUAUAAAUAUCAAAGUAAAAAAAACACAGAGAAGCUCGGAGAACUCGAAAAGACAUUUCAGUUCAUUUAAAAAUGCACCUUUAAAGAGAAGCUGAUGCCUUCAUGACCUGUAUUGACCUCUACCUGUUGAUAUGACAUCUUUUAGAUGAGCUCUGAGCCUGUCAUUGACACAAAGUCCCAUGUUUACAACAGAAACAAGUAGGCAAGGCAGUUAGAUCAGAGUUUUGAUGUUUAGUGAGGACAUAGCAAAUCAUAAUGCAAAAACUGCUAUAUCAGUGUAUUGUUUGUGUAGCUGAAACAUCUUGGAGGACAACAGUACUUAGUGCCACUUCAACACCUUGAAAGUCCACAUAUAUCAUGUUAAACAGCAUUGUAACAUCUGAAAACAUGACAUAUUGUGCCUUAAAGUAGUAUUCUUUGGGUUUUCUGCAGUCUUACACCAUCAGUUGUAGUCACCUUCUUUGCUGAUGAGCUACAACUCUUGACUGGCUGCCAUACUGGAGAAGAAUUUAGUCAGAGCUCAAUAAUCGGACAACUCCAUGGUCUACAUUACAUAAACAAUGAAAAUCCGAGACUUGUACUUGAGGUUUAGUUCAUUGAGUCUUGCAUGACUAGCACGUAUUAGUUUCCAACUGUCUCAUCGUACAAAGGUCCCACAUUAGAAUGUAAUUUUAUUGAUGUUCCUGAGAAACUUCCUCUGAAUGGGCUGUAUUCACUGACUUUGCAGCAUCAUUUUCCAGAGAAGAAAUGCCCCAGGGGUAAAAAAUAAUAGAGGUUGUCUGGUUUAUCAGGAUAUAUAGAAAUAUCUGUUCAGUCAUGUUACACCCUUUUCUUAUGCAGAAAGUCCCACAGAAUUUCUGGGAAUGCUAAAAGUGUAUUGUAGGCUAAUCUAUGGUUGAGCUACAUGCUGGCACUGAAGAAAUACCCUAAUCCAUUAUCAUCUUCGUAAUCAUCUUUUAUGCUCCUGCCACCAGUAUCAAACGUGUAUGUAUGUCCCUAUGUAUGUGUCUACCCUUUAAAAUGCUCCUUUUUAAAGGGGAGACAUAUAAACAUCCAGUAAAUAAUACAUGUGCAACAGUGGGCUGCAUCUUAGAACAGCAUCUGUGAAACAUAUUGUCUGCAUUUACCACCAUGUUAAAUGUUCAUUUACUGUGAAACACAAGCUGAUGUACAAUUUGGUGUAGCACACAGUGCUAUGUUAGCAUUACACAAGCUGUGCUGGCUAUAUCUGAACAACAAGAGUCACACAGCAAAGGCAUUAUCACUGAAGGUAGCAUUGUAAUUUCUCAUGAUCAUCAUCUGUCUAUAAUUACAGGUUUGAAGACAAUGAGGACAUUGAACUGAUGUGUAACCUACCUCAGGUUUGCCUAAUAUUAGUGGUUUAGAUUCAGAUACGUUGCAGAAAAAGUUUAAAAUUAUGUGACUUGGCUAAAAAUGUCUGGCCAUAACUUACUGUAUGUAUGCACUGCUAUCUCAUAUGUUACUGCACAUAAUCAGUUGUCUUGAGUUUUCAAAUGACUCAGUAAAUUUAUGUUUCAUGUCUAUGUUUAGGACUGAGUUUGAAUUUUUAUAAAUUUUUAUGAUACUGGCAUCCAAUGAGUCAUGGUGCAAAUGGAACUAGAAAAACACCACAAAGGAGAUAUUUUGUGGCCUAGUGUGGUCACUGCUGUGGUUUUUAAUUGGGAUUAAAGUAGAUUUUCAGAUUUAUGGGAAUUGUAUUGCAUUGCAAUUGAGAACUAGCACAAACAGCCUGACAUUCUCUCUCCUGAGAAAAAAACUGAACAAUCCAAACCAAGUAUUAUAUAUUAUAUAUCAAUCUAUGAGCCUACAUGUAGCUGUUUUACAUAAGGUGUGGCAACUUUACCCCACAUAAUUCAAACCAUCACACACCUUGAAAGAUCUUUGACCUUAUAAAGGUAGAAAUUCAAAGCUCUCCUCUCUCUGUUUUGCCGAUGGAUGUGCUAGACAUGACUCACCCGACGUCUGAUCUUUUUUCCCUGUUAUGUCCAUGCUAACACGCACUGCUUGUCUGAACAUGUAAGUUUCCUUGUGCGUUCUCAUUUGCAUGUCGUGUAGCUAUGUUUCCUUUUAGGACCCAUGUUAAUUCUCAGUAAUUGCCUUUAGUGUUUAAUGAGUUCACAGCCAUGCUGGUACAUGCAUGCUAGCGGUGAGCAAGUGCUAAAAUUAUAUUUGAUUUACACACCUACAUAACUCCAAUGCAAUGCAAUUUAAGAGUGGGUAUUUCCCCUUCCCUCCUUUAAUGUGUGUGCUAGCCAGCACAUCACUAGGAUAGGUGUGCUGUCUUGUUCAGUUCUCUAUUAGUUUACACUGUAAAAGUUGUGAUGACUCAUUCAUCUAUGAGCUAAGGAGAGCAAAACAAGAUUCUUUUAUGUUUGUAUGGAGUGUAUUUAAGAAAUCACAAAUCAUGAAGAUAAUCUUUUACACCUUCAUUUCAAUGCCAACUAUCCCUGUAGACACAUAUUUAUACUAAUGAUUCUCUCUCAAAUCUAAUCUUCAGCUGUCUUAGUCAGACAAAACAAUUGGGUAUCCACCAAUCUAGCUAUCUAGAUUUUCAGUCAUUUUAAUAUGACAUUUCCUCAUUCCUCACGAAGAAGAUUAGACUGUCACUGAAGAAGAUUCCCUCUGGGUUAGUCCAACUCACUGCUGAAGCCUCAUAUUAGCUUUGGCUGAACUUUGAGAAGUAUUUUUUCCUAUAAUUAGGACUAUGGAAACAAUGGAAUCUCAUAAAAAAACGCCCGUAUGAACUAGAGGGAAGAUUAUAGCAAUUGACAAACCUGUCAGCAUACUGUAUGUGCAUUCGAGCGAGACAGACAAAAAAUACAAAGCUAUCCUUUAAAAUGUAAUAGCUGAUUGUCAUUUUAUAACAUGUGCGUGUUAUCAUCUGUGAACAUAGUGUUUUACCCUAAGGACAGUUCUACUUUUUCUUUACUUUAUUAUUCGGUUCUUCUUUUGUGCUGAUCUCACUGAUUAAUACAUUCCAUUGAAGAUAUUUUAUGAGGCCUGGCACAUUAGUAUGUCACUCCCUUUACUCUGUAUCAUGGAGAAGUCACAAAUUUUCCACAGAUACUUAAGAGGUGCUGAUCUGUGUUUCAUAAUGUCUGCGUGACUACAACUUCUGUAACGUCUCCUGCAUUAUUGGACAAAUUACAUCUGUACCUGUAGUUCGUUCCCAGUUCACACGGCUGAUUAACACUCAUCUCAUCCAAAGAAAAGGUGAAACAGUGAGUCAUGUCUAAAUACUACACUGCCAAGAAAAUUCAAACUAAUGUAUAUAAGCUUUUUGUAUUUUAAAACAAGUCAGAUGCAUGCAAGAAUACUGAAUGGCUGAAGUUGAACCUCUGUACAUAUCAUCUGUAUAAAUUCCAGGGAUUUCUUAAAACAAACAAACGUGGUCAAUAUCAAAAUAAAGUCAAAUUCUUUGCA